AUGCAGGGACCGCAGUCCUGCCAGCAGCUGUGGCAGGCUUUUGGUGUUGACUCCCCCUUCUCCCCUCUCUCCCCUUCCCCCCUCCCCCCCCCCUCCCCUCUCUCCCCCUUCUCCCCCCUCUCCCCCUUCUCCCCCCUCUUCCUUUUCUCCCCCCUCUCCCCCUUCUCCUUCCCCCACAGCUCCUCUGUGUGGACUUCAACCGAACGUGGCUAG